AUGGCCACCGAGGCUGGCCAGCCCGCUACAGCAGGCGUCGAGGCGGCCAAGAAAGAACAGAAGCAACCCGGUCAACCCAAAGCUCAGCAGAAACACGAGGCUGCGCAAGGCGACGCCCCCGGCGGGGACAAGAAACUCUCCAAUGCCGAGCUGAAGAAGAGGGCCAAGGAGGAAAAGGCCGCCAGGAGAGCACAAGCAAAGGCCGCGCAACCACCGCCGAGCAUCUCCAGCCCCUCGGGAGCCCACGGAGCCCACGGAGCUGCUGGGGAUGCAAAACCCGCCGCCGCCAAGGCCAAGGCCAACCACCCGAAGCAGGUUGGUCUGCCUCUGCACGGCCACCACCGCCCAGCUUCACGCAGCGUCCUGCCUACCUCUGCCUCCAAGGAGGCGGUGGCCAAGCCCAAGGUGCCGGAAUGCUUCAGCCACCUGUCCAUGGCGAGGCGCAUCGACUUGACCCACGCGGACAAGGACGUGAACCCGGCCGUGUUGGCGUUGGGGCAGCAGAUGGGCUCGUUUGCCAUCAGCGACAGCACCGCACGGCUGGAGGCCACGCUACUGGCCUUUAAAAAGGUCAUCGACGCAUACUCCACCCCCCACGGCAACACCUUCUCGCGCCAUUUCACCUCGCACGUCCUCAACCCCCAGAUUGAGUACCUGACGGCAUGCCGCCCCAUGUGCUUCUCCAUGGGAAACGCGGUCCGAUGGCUCAAGCUCCAGAUCAGCAAGAUCGACAUUGACCUACCCGACUCGGCCGCCAAGAAGGUGCUCUGCCAGGCCAUUGAUAACUUCAUCCACGAGCGCAUCAUCCUCGCCGACCUGGUCAUAGUCAAGACGGCAGCCGGCAUGAUUGCCGACGACGAAGUCGUCUUGACUUACGCUCACCACAAGCUUGUCGAGGGAGCCCUGCUGCAGGCCAAGACGGACGGCAAGCGGUUCAGAGUCGUUCUCGUCGACGACCCGUUCGACCGCGUGGGCGUCGCGCAUGCCAAGAAGCUGGCCGGCGCCGGCAUCCCCGUCGCCUAUGCCUCCGACCUCGGCGCCUUGCGAGCCAACCUCCAGGAGGCCACCCUUGUGCUUGCCGCAGCCGAGGCCAUGUUCAGCAACGGCUCCAUGUACGCCAGAGCCGGCACGUGCGACAUUGCCGCCGCCGCCACAGAUCUGGGCGUUCGCGUGGUGGCCUUGAGCGAAACCAUCAACUUCACGGAGCGAGUGUCGACCGACUCGCUGACGUACAACGAAAUCGAUCCCGAGAGGAGCACGGACGAAGGCUUCAGGCUGUUGUUCGACACCACCAAAGACAAGUUCAUCUCCGUCGUUCUCACCGAGCUGGGCAACUCGUCCGCAAUGUCCGUCCCUGCUGUUCUUAGAAAGUUGGAGGAGCUGUAG